AUGGUAUUAACUGAUAAACCUUGCUUUGGAUUUUCAAUUGCAGCUCUAGUCAUUUAUGUAACCAUAUUUGGAAUCGCGAACAUCAUUGGUUAUGGUCCCAUAAACUAACCAAUGAGCGAUGGAAAGUAGUGUGAAUUAAUAUAUUUUCCUGAUCUAAAAGAUAUUUCAAAAACCCUUUGCUUAGACGAAUGUCCAAAAACAGGAGAUACAAAGUUGCAAUGUGAUAAUUGCUCAGGGAAUAUUUUAAACACAGAUGAAUACAAUAAUGCUUGCUUGCCUACUUUGUAUAAUUAAUUAACAUAAGUUAUGCCUGCUUUGAAAACACCUAAACUUAACAACUUUACGUAAUCUUUGAUAUCAAACUGUGAAUUUUUAAUAACUGGACUAUUCUUUUUACUCUCAAUAUUGUAUAUAGGCUAGAGAAUGGUCAGAUAAUACUUAUCUCUUAUGAUUUCAUUCUUAACUAACUUUUACCCAUAUGGUUUAUUGUGGCUAUCGAUUGUAAUGGCAUAUCGUUUGUCGAACUUUCAUGAUAUGGACAAAUUAGAAAGAACAGGAGAGUCUAGAUAGUUGAAUUAUUAAUCUAUUGGAAUCUUAGUAGAAGCUUUCAAUCUUAAGUCAACCUAUACAAUAAUGCUAUUGAUUUUAAUCAAAGUAUUUAUAGGAUCUCUUAUAACACAAUGUUAUCAUUAAAAUGAUAAGGAAGGAUAUAGACUGAAAAGUUACAUCUCUUUGACAAUAAGAAAGAAGCUUGGACAAUAUACAUUAAGAUAUAACUCUGUAAUUCAAAUUCUCGUAGUUAUCAACUUCUUCUUAAUGUAUUAUUCAAUUACUGCAGCAUUAAGCAAUGGUUCAAUAGACUCAACUUAACCUGCUUAUAGUUAAUAUUAAACAUCCGUUUUAGGAAUCAUCUUAGCAGUUAUUGUAUUUUGCCUUUUUGUUUAUGCAUCCAAAAUAUUAAGAUUGUACACUGAUUAUUUCAUAUACAUUUUUACAUUACAGCAAUUGUUAUGGGAGAAAGAGCAAAGUUUAUAAAUUUUAAAAAAUUCAUUAGAAGCUUUUGGAACAAUCUCUUUAUUGGCUUUUAAGCAAAUAAUUAAUUCACCAAAAAACCUAGGGAUUAAAUUCAUGUAUUUAAUUAAAAAGCCUGCGGUCGCUCAUAAAUGGGAGAACGAUUUAUCUUUAUUAACUUCACUGUCACUUGGUCGUUAAGUAUUUUACUUGACUCAAAAUCAAGUGAAUAAUUAACCUAUAGCUUCAUAUCAAUUAUAAGAGAGCAUCGAUGCUUUAAACAUUUAAGAUUUGGAAAUUGUUUAUUUAUUAUACUAAUAAGCUGAAUCUAUUCUUAAGUAUUCUGGAUGGUCAAUUGGAUGUAUGAUUGGACUAGUUAAUUCACUCUUCGGUUGUGGUUUCUCAACUAUUGCGCUAAUGAUUCCCUUGUGUUGUGACUUAAGCUAUGUGAUUAGUGCAUAGAUUAUGAAAGGGUUCCUAACAUUUGGAUUAAUAGAAGGUAAUUAAGAUGAUGAUUAAUUAAUGAAAUAUUACAAGUCAAUCAUCUUGAUUGAAAAAGAAGAACUGAUAUACAAGUAAAAUAAAUAAUAAUAAAAGUGA